ACCGUGCGGUUUGCUAGGACCCCGGAAUGCCGUUGCUGGGGGUGACGGAGGUAGGCCCCGAUUUAAUCCUCGGGAUCGGAAUAGGAUGGGGCUGGAUAUGGAUCCAAUGUUCCUGGCCUGGAGUUAUUUCAGAAGGCGCAAGUUCCAGUUCUGUGCUGACAUCUGUACGAAGCUGCUGGAGAGCAACCCGUAUGACCAGGCUGCAUGGAGUUUGAAAACUCGAGCCUUGACAGAGAUGGUGUAUGUGGAUGAGGUUGAUGUAGAUCAAGAAGGAAUAGCAGAAAUGAUGCUGAAUGAUAGUGCUAUUGCCCAAGUUGCCCGACCGGGAACAUCUUUAAAAGUCUCAGGAAUCAGUCAAGGAGGAGGUCCUAGCCCAGCUGUCAGACCCAUGUCUCAGUCGGGAAGACCCAUCACUGGGUUUGUUCGACCAGGCACCCAGUCUGGCAGACCUGGUACUAUGGAGCAAGCUAUCAAGACCCCAAGAACGGCUUACACUGCCCGACCAGUAACAUGUGCUUCUGGAAGAUUUGUUAGGCUGGGGACGGCCUCCAUGCUUACCAGUCCUGAUGGACCAUUUAUUAAUUUAUCCAGACUAAAUUUAACCAAAUAUGCUGGAAAACCAAAUUUAGCUAAGGCAUUGUUUGAAUAUAUUUUCCAUCAUGAAAAUGAUGUUAAAACUGCUUUAGAUUUGGCAGCCCUAGCUACUGAGCAUUCCCAGUUUAAAGAUUGGUGGUGGAAAGUACAAAUUGGAAAAUGUUACUACAGAUUGGGUUUGUAUCGUGAAGCAGAGAAGCAGUUUAAAUCUGCAUUCAAGCAACAGGAAAUGGUUGAUACAGUUCUUUACCUGGCAAAGGUCUAUAUUCGUUUAGACCAGCCGUUGACAGCAUUAGGCCUUUACAAGCAAGGACUGGACUGUUUCCCAGGGGAAGUUACACUACUUACAGGAAUAGCCCGUAUAUAUGAUGAAAUGAACAUCAUGGAGUCAGCCACUGAAUAUUACAAGAACGUUUUAAAACAAGAUAAUACAAAUGUGGAAGCCAUUGCGUGUAUAGGAAGUAAUCAUUUUUAUUCAGAUCAGCCUGAGAUUGCAUUGCGAUUCUAUAGGCGACUUCUCCAAAUGGGUGUUUAUAAUUGUCAGCUCUUCAACAACCUAGGGCUGUGCUGCUUCUAUGCACAGCAGUAUGAUAUGACUCUGAGCUCAUUUCAAAGGGCACUCGCACUGGCUGUGAAUGAUGAGGAAGUGGCUGAUGUAUGGUACAACCUUGGCCAUGUAGCAGUGGGAAUAGGAGAUAUGAAUUUAGCCUACCAAUGUUUUAAACUGGCACUAGCCAACAACAAUGAUCAUGCAGAAGCUUAUAACAAUUUAGCUGUCCUGGAGAUCCACAAAGGUCACCAUGAACAGGCGCGGGGGUUUCUACAGACAGCGGCAGCGCUGGCUCCUCAUAUGUAUGAACCGCAUUAUAACUUCGCUGCACUUUCAGAUAAGGUUGGAGACCUUCAGAGCAGUUAUAUAGCUGCGCAGAAAUCAGCAGCUGCAUUUCCAGAACAUGUUGACACUCAGCAAUUAAUCAAGCAACUGCAAGAACACUUUGCCAUGCUUUAACUGUAACCAUGAUGCAGUGGUCUUGAGAUUCUUUGUUGUUAUGUAAGAUAUGUUACAUUAUUUAGAUAUUGCAUGAUGCGUCAGUACAAUUGUUAGUUUCAUGAUUUUAUCUUUCUACCUCGUACUGAAGCUCAGGGAUGAAUUUUCACUUUGGAUGCAAGGAAUUGGAAGUCAGAACUGUCCCAAAUGCACCUACCGGGUGGGAGAAGCAGUCCACCUUUGAGAUUUUGACUGGGGCACUCCUUUAAAGGUUUUUUAAAAUCCUAUUUACAUUCCAGUUAAGGUCAAUGGGGAGGCUCUCCAAGUGAAAGUCUGGCUUGAAAGUAGUAAAAAGUGACCAAAAGGGCACUUCAGCGUGGAAGCAAUCGCUACAUUUUUUUGCAAAUCGUAGAAGCAGCCAAGGUACUGCUGUGUUAGGGAAGAGGAGGUGGGGGCUUUAAUGUAGCUGAAUCUUUACAUUGUGACCUUUGGCAGUACCCAUAACCAAGCAGGCAAAGGAAAGCUACCUGGAGCACUGACAAAUUGGCCAGCUGCAGGACAGCCACCUCCAGACAGUUCAACAGGUCCUUGCUGGCAUCACCCCGCCCCCCACAAUUGGAUCAGCAAGCUGGUACCUACCAGGAAAAUCCCAGACCCCUGAGCACGUCACUGCUAAACGCAAGCACCAGAAGUCAAGUUUCUGACCUCAGUAGAGUUUAAAAAUAAAAUCUCUGGUGUCAUCACUUGUGCAAUGAAAAUGUGAAUUAUGGGUCUAGAUUAAUGGAGCUAUUGAAACUAUUUUGCAUUCACUGUAUGUAUGUCAGUCAGUGCUAGAGUAAAGCCAAUGAUUGAUGUAACAUCAGUAGUUUUGUUUGACUGUACUGUAAAAUAUAUUAGAUAUAUAGUAAAUGUCUUAAUACAGCUGUCAUAUUGACCUACCUGCUGAUAGCGUGGUAGGCAGGCCACAUGAUUGAGGGUAAAUCUGAAGGUAGAUUAUAAAAUUCAAAGAAGAGUUUAAAUUAGAAGUAUUUUGAAAAUCCAAGAACUCUCAAAGAUAACAAAAUAAUGACCAUAGUUAGAUACAAUUUCAUAUCAUUCCUUUUAAAGGAAGCAACUGUUUUGUUUUUUUUUGUGUAUUUUCAAAUUUCAUUUCUCAUAAAGGAGCUAUUAUAGUCCAGCAAGUGAAAAUGUGUUCGUGAUGGUAUUUCAGUCUGUUUUGUAAAGGAAGUUGUACAGUAACCAUCAAAAUAAAAAUGCUAAAUAAAGAUUUGGCUUGUAUCAACUGUUGUUAUCACAGGCAAUAUUAAAAAUGUGUUUGCUACA